AUGGGGCGAGCUUUUACCAUUGGCUUGACCUCAUUUGCGGCCACGGGGUCGUUUCUAUUUGGAUACGAUAGUGGUGUGAUGACCGAUGUGAUUGAAUCGAAGAAUUUCCUCUCCUACUUUAAUACUACACAAACAUCGGCCAUUAUUGGAGCGAUUAAUAGCACUUUUUCUGGAGGAGCUGCUAUUGGAUCCCUUCAGGGAGGUCUGACCAUGGAUCGAUUUGGACGAAAAUUCACAAUUCAAACGGGAGCCUUCAUCUGUCUCAUCGGCGCUAUCCUCCAGGCCUCUGCCAGGAAUCUGGCGAUGAUUCUUGUCGGUCGAAUUUUUGCUGGAUAUGCGGUCGGCCUCAUGUCGAUGUCAGUGCCAGUGUACCAGGCAGAGGUUGCACAUCCUCACUCACGUGGCUUCAUCAUUGGGCUGGCGCAACAGAUGAUUGGGAUUGGAUUCAUUGUCAGCACGUGGGUGGGAUUUGGCUCCCUCCAUGCGCCAGAGACCAGUGAAUUCCAAUGGCGCUUUCCUUUGGCAUUCCAAACGGUUCCGGCACUGCUGCUAGUGGUGGGUAUGUUCUUCAUGCCAGAGUCUCCCAGAUACCUGGUGGAAAAGGAACGCUACGAAAAAGCUAUGCGAAUCCUGAAGAAAUUGCACUUUGACGGCUCAAACGAGGAAUGGAUCCAGAGGGAGUAUAACGAGAUCAAAGCAACUAUCAACGCUGAGAAGGCCGUCAUGACACCUGGCUGGCUUGCCAUGUUUAAGGUGCCGCAGUGGCGCACCCGGCUAUUCCACGGCGUCGCUGUCCAAGUGUUCACCCAAAUGACCGGGGUCAACGUGAUUGGAUAUUACCAGACAAUCAUCUACAAUGCCCUGGGGAUUACGGGCAGUCGCAACAUCCUUGUCGCCGGCAUCUACAACUGCGUGGGGCCCCUCACCAACCUGGCUUUUAUCAUCUUCCUGCUGGACCGUGUCGGACGGCGCAAGCCCAUGAUGUUCGGCGCGACGGCCAUUGGCAUCGUGUUGAUCUGUUUUACGGGACUGCAUGCAAACAACGACGAUGGAUCACGACGCGGCUACAGCAUUGGAGGCGUGUUUUUCAUCUUCUGUAUCACGAUCAUUUUUUCCCUGUCAUUUGGGCCCUGCAGUUGGACCUACAUGGCCGAGGUUAUGCCGAUGCAAAUCCGGGGCAAAGGGAACGCGUUUGCAACGGGGUUCGGCAACUGGGCCGUCAGCACGCUAUGGAACCAAGUAUCGCCCCUUGCCAUGGAGAAAAUCGAGUGGAAAUUCUACCUCAUCUUCAUCAUAUGGAAUUUCUGCAUCACCCUGCCCACAGUUUACUUCUUGUUUGUGGAGACAAAACAACAGUCCUUGGAAGAAAUUGAUAUCCUCUUCGGUGGUCGGGCAUUGGGUACCUUACCGGAGGAUGUGACGAAGAGAACACUGGAAAAAGCCGAGGAGACGGGCGUGUCAGUUACUAAUGUGGAACAUAGUAGGGUUUGA